AGGUUUCUAGAUUUGUCGAUUUGAUUUUUGUUUGUUUACAUUUGUACAUAGAAAUAAUAAUUACAUAUGAUUUCAAAUACUUCCUGCAAAAUUUCAGGGCAUGUUGUAAGAACAUGUCUCACAGACAGUACUCAAUUCUUUUCAAUAUUUUCAAGUAGAACCGCUCAAAACAAAGUCUCAAGUUUUUCCGUCAACAACAAAACUUUUGUUCGAAUCAAAACAAAAUACAAGACCAAGAUGACAGAUGAGUGGUUGAAGAUUGGGAACUAUUCAGUUUUUCCAUGGUCGAUUUCAGGAGUAGAAACGUGUGUUGUCAUUAAAACCAAUGGCCCCACACUCACAUUUGAUUUGGGAUAUUCAUGUAGAAGCAGUGUGUCCAGCAAUUUAGUCUUCUUCAGUCAUGGUCACAUGGAUCAUAUAUCAGGUAUUGCACAACAUGCAGCAAAAAGAUCAUUGUAUGGCAUGAAGCCAGCUAAAUACUACUCUCCUGUCCAUUUAGUGGAACCACUUACCUCACUAUGCAAGAUGUUUGGCAGUAUAGCAGGGAAUAUUAAGGAUCUGGAAAAGAUGAACAUAAUUCCAGCUCCAGUGGGAGAAGUAAUAAAUCUGCCAAGUGGUCUAAAAAUAAAACCUUUUCCAACAACACAUCGUUGUCCAAGCCAGGGUUAUAUAAUGUACCAGAAUGUUAAGAAAUUAAAGGAAGAAUUUGUUGGAAAGCCUAGUCAGGAGAUAGCACAGUUGGUCAAAAGUGGAGUAGAGAUUCAUAAUGAAUAUGAUGUACCAGAAUUAGCUUAUACAGGUGACACAACAUUUGAUGUUUUUACAAAUCCACCAACAGAAGAUCUCUUCAAAGUAAAACUGUUGAUAACUGAGGCCACCUACAUAGAUCACGAACCAGGCAAAGAUCAAAUUCAGAAGGCCAGAGAUCGAGGACAUUUGCAUUUACAAGAACUCGCUGAUAAUGCUAAUCUGUUCAAAAAUGUGGAAAACAUAUUACUGAUACACUUUUCUGACAAAUACUCAACAAAAUAUAUUGAAGAAACUGUAAAGAAAACUUUACCAGAUUCAAUAGUGAAUAAGGUUCAUAUAGCAACAAUUGCAAAAGAAAUAUACGGGUAACUUAAAUAGCUUUAAUAUUUUGUUAUGCCCUAGCUCACGAGGACAAGACAUCUUUUUGACAAACAACUACUUAUAGCCCUACCUAGAAAGAUACUCUGAAAUAAAUUCAUGUAGUACAUGUGCCACUUUUCAUUACUGUCAGUUUUCUGUUAAGAUGAUUUGAUGGUAUGAUAAAAAAAAAACACCGUUGGCCUGAGUGUCAAUUGCUGUUUUAAUUUGAAUGCCUUGUGUUAAAAAAAACGAGAUAUGAAAAAUAGUCCAAGUGGCUAAAAAAUCUAAAUUUUGAUAGAACCCAACAAUAGAUUUGAACAAAACAUUUCUUUGCAAAUGAUCUAGAUAAUGCAAUAAUGUACAUGCAUGGACGUUAUAUCUAGAUUGGAUGGCUUAUAAAUAUUAUUUAAUAUCAUCUACAAUGCUUCACAUUUUAUAUGUUCUCCGAAACUGUCUACCACUUAAACAUUAUCAAUAAGCAAUCUUGAUCUGGGGCAUUCAUGUUAAUUUCAAUUAUUGUAUUUACAAACUGUUUUUUUUAACACAAAUUCGACUGCCUAUUAGGAUGCAAAUAUUGUUAUGUAAUUUUAAUUAAGUGAAAUGGAUUUAUAUAAUAUCACUGCCA